CAGCAAUCGGUCACGGUGACGCAUUGGAUGCUCGAGUAGACCUAGGUGUCUUCAAUCCGAGCGUUGACCCUGUACUGUGGAAUCUUCGCAUUGUGGAUCCGUCGAAAUCGCGAUAAUGAAGCCAGUCAUUGCCGUUCCCGCGAUCCUCGGCCUCGUGUACCGCGCGUGGUCCCGCCAGUCACUCACCAUCCCGGGGCUGGUCGCCGCCGCCAUCACGGCCGUCGCACAUGCCCUGCACCCGUGGUCGGCCCCGUUUGCCUUGCUGGUGGUCUUCUAUCUGGGUGGGACGAAGGUGACGAAGAUCAAACAUGACGUCAAAGCCCGGUUGACCCUCUCCGCGUCGGGUUCGCACGGGGGCGAGGGCGCGCGGACGCACAUCCAGGUGUUGGCGAAUUCCAUCGUCGCCACGGGCCUGAUCUUGCUGCAUCGGUGGGCGCUCGCCGCCAGCGGACAGCCCGGUCGGGGGUUCUUCGCGGAGGGCCCUCGAACACCGGAGGAUCUGUUGGUCGUGGGGAUUGUUGCAAACUAUGCCGCCGUUGCCGCUGAUACCUUCUCCUCCGAACUCGGCAUCCUCUCGAAGUCGAAUCCACGCUUGAUCACCUCACCGACCCUCCGUGUCGUCCCACCGGGAACGAAUGGGGGCGUCACGGGCACCGGACUUCUGGCGGGGGUGAUGGGGGCGUCCAUCGUUGCGGUGGCAUCGGCCCUGUUGCUCCCCGGGCGCAGUGACAGCUACAAUCUAAUGGAACGAGGGCAAUGGGUGCUGGCCAUGACGGCCUGGGGAGGCCUCGGAAGCGUGCUCGACAGUCUCCUGGGUGGGAUGCUGCAGGCGAGUGUGGUGGAUAAGCGAACCGGGAAGAUCGUCGAGGGUACAGGCGGUGAGAAGGUCCUCGUCCAUCCGCAUUCCACACCCAGUGGACAGGCCAGUGGGGCUGGCCUGACCGCCGCCGCAUCCAGCAGCCGUCCCAGCAAGACGGCAUCCGGAAAAGCCAGCUCGAAAGCCUCGGCGCCAGAUACAUCUGCUCAGGAAAGCCGACGAGUCGAGAGCGGCGUAGACCUGCUCGACAACAACGCCGUGAACGUGUUGAUGGCAUUGACGAUGAGCGUGGGGGCCAUGGGGAUUGCCGCAUGGGCGUGGGAUGUAUCCAUCUUACGGAUUCUUGUGUAACCGUCUACUAUGAACUGAUGACCGUUCACCAGGAUAAUGGGAUAUGUGACUGGCGCCGCUUCCCUGGUUUUCUUCUGUAAGAGUAGCCACCAAAGUCCAAUGCAUAUAGGCCGUAGGUCGGAAAUAUACAGGGCAAUGUCGCACGG